AUGGCAGGAAGCCGCUUGGGCGGCAUGAUGCAGCCGCCCGUCAUUGUGCUGCGCGAGGGCACCGACACGUCGCAGGGCACUGGCCAGCUGCUGUCCAACAUUGGCGCCUGCGCCUCGGUCGUGGCGUGCGUCGCGACUACGCUGGGCCCACGCGGCAUGGACAAGCUCAUGGUCAACGAGCGGGGCCAGGCCACCAUCUCCAACGACGGAGCGACGAUUCUGAAGCUGCUCGAGAUUGUGCACCCGGCUGCCAAGACGCUCGUGGACAUUGCGAGGGCACAGGACGCAGAGGUGGGCGACGGGACGACGUCGGUCGUGGUGCUGGCAGGCGAGAUGCUCAAGGAGACAAAGAGCUUCAUCGAGGACGGCGUCAGCCCACACAUCAUCAUCAAGGGAUACAGGAAGGCGGCGCAGCUGGCCGUCGAGAGAAUCAAGGAAAUGGCCGUCAAGAUCGACAAGAGCGACCCAGUCGCGUUCCGGGAUCUGCUGAUGAAGUGUGCAGGCACAUCGAUGAACUCGAAGUUGAUCGUGAGCCAGCGGCCCUUCUUUGCCAACAUGGUCGUCGAUGCCGUCAGCGCGCUGGACCAGGACGACCUGGACGAGAGCCUGAUUGGCGUCAAGAAGGUGCCCGGUGGCGCGAUGCAGGACAGCCUGCUGAUCAAGGGUGUCGCAUUCAAGAAGACGUUUGCCUACGCCGGCUUUGAGCAGCAGCCAAAGACGUUCAAGGACCCCAAGAUUGUCUGCCUCAAUGUCGAGCUGGAGCUCAAGGCGGAAAAGGACAACGCAGAGGUCAGGAUCAACGACGUGUCUGAAUACCAGGCCAUUGUGGACGCCGAGUGGCAGAUCAUCUAUGCAAAGCUCGAGGCGAUUGUCAAGACGGGUGCCAAGGUCGUGCUGAGCAAGCUGCCCAUCGGCGACUUGGCCACGCAGUACUUUGCCGACCGCGACAUCUUCUGUGCAGGCCGCGUCGCUGCUGACGACCUGCGGCGUGUCGUCGAGGCCGUCGGUGGCUCGGUCCAGAGCACCUGCUCCGACAUCGAGGACCGGCACCUCGGCACGUGCGCCCGCUUCGACGAGGUGCAGAUUGGCGGCGAGCGCUUCAACAUCUUCGAGGGCUGCCCCAAGGCAAAGACGGCGACGAUGAUUCUGCGCGGCGGGGCGGAGCAGUUCAUCGCAGAGGUGGAGCGGAGCCUGCACGACGCAGUCAUGAUUGUCAAGCGGGCCAUCAAGAACAACGAGGUUGUUGCUGGCGGCGGUGCAACCGAGAUGGAGGUGUCGAAAUACCUGCGCGACUACUCGCGGACCGUGCACGGCAAGCAGCAGCUCAUCAUUGGCGCCUUUGCCAAGUCGCUCGAGGUCAUUCCCCGACAGCUGGCCGACAACGCCGGCUUCGAGGCGACAGACGUGCUCAACAAGCUCCGCAUGCGCCACGCCCAGGGCCACACCUGGGACGGCGUCGACAUCGAGUCCGAGGGCGUCGCCGACAACAUGGAAAAGUUUGUCUGGGAGCCUGCCCUCGUCAAGGUCAAUGCCAUCUCGAGCGCUGCAGAGGCCGCCUGCCUGAUCCUCAGCGUCGACGAGACCAUCAGGAACCGGCCCUCGGAGCAGGGCCAGCCGGGACCGAAAGCGCCGCCAGGCGCAGCGCAGAGGGCCAUGAGACCCAGAGGAAGGGGCAUGGGCAUCCCGAGGCGGUAAUCUUCUUUCUCUCUCUCUCUCUCUUUGUGAUCAUGAUACAACAACCAGGGAACAAAUACAUCUUAUUUCACUUC